UGAAAUUAAAACCGCGAAAUUGUUCAGAUUGCAAAUAAAUGGCGCAUAAUCUCAAAAAUGUUGAGCUUAAACUUCAAGACGUGGAGGUUUUGACAGCAGGAAUCCUUGCGGAGCUUGUAAAUGGCAUUCUUGACUUCUUGUUAUUCCAUCGCAGCCAAAUUCCGUUUGUGUACAAGACUUACAAAUAUUAUAUUGAGAAAUGGGAUGAGACUGAUGAAACCGAGAACGCAGAAGAAUCCUUUCGAAACUAUCAAUUACAAAAGCAACGUUUCUUGGCCAAGGAAACCAAGAAGUCUAUUAGCAAUAUGCGAGAGAUAAUAAGAUUAGCGUUUAAAAGUAGCAGAGCCGUCAAGAGUUUACGAUUUUUAUUUGGAAACAAUACUUUUAUGCCAGCCGAGUCAUAUACAAUACACAUACCGCAUGCAUCCAUAUCAAAAUAUCACGGGAAUCUACACGCAAUGCCAGAGGGACCCUUGAACCAAACACUUCUUGGCCUGCUCACCUGCGAGGAGCUCUAUACACUCUGGUCAACCGAGCUUAAGACAACCAAUGUUUUCCUGGAACUGGAGCUGCUGACCAACGAGAGUGAGCAACAACGUGAGACAUUGAAACUCUAUCCUAAGGAUGUUCUUAGUCAAUUACCUCGUAGCUGUAAGAAUAUCCAUUUGCAUCUGUUGCAUGUCAACGAAAAUGCUAGUGAAGAAUUGACCUGCUGUAAGGAGCUAGUUGUGUAUCAAGACUUCAACUUUUUAAACCUAGAACCCGAAAACGCCGAAGAGAGUGUGUGUAUUGAUGAAAUAGAAUGUAAUAGUGGCUGGUGGCAGUCGGAUAUAAUAGUACGCGGAUUUAGAGCUCCGAAGUACGACUUAUGGUCCAGCUAACAAAUAUCAUGUUUAAAUCAAAUUUUAUUCAAUAAAUUAAAUUUUCCUUUGUGCCAGAA